CUGCUGGUGAGCUCAGACAGCCAGGAUUGCGUGGGAUCCCUGGUUGUUUGAACUGGCACCUUCACCACCAACUACUGUGCUCACACAAACUGCGCCCCCUCCUUGUCCAUGUUUCAUGAUGUCUGAGGACAUAUUUUUCAACAGGAUUUUGAGUCAGUUGCUUAUUACAUUGUGAUGUCUACUGUGUUUUUUUUUCUUCAUUAGGGCUAUUUCGUUUUGGGCAUUACAUCAUUAUAACGCUGUGUGUUUUCCUGUAUUAUUGCAUUUGAGAUUAUUUUUAAUUUUGGGGGGCUUGUUUUUGUUCAUCACUUUGAAUACCUCUGUUUGGAAAGGAAACUGAAGGACAGGCAUUUUAGAACGGGCGAUUAAACCGCCGUUCUUUUUCUCCUCAGUGGCUUUUUGAGCUGCCGGUCCUUUUUGAACAUGUUGAAUCUCUCUGAAAAACGGAUCACCUUUCGCCUCACAGUAAAGUACCUAAGGCGCCGAUUUUUCCGGUAACUAUUUGUGAGGGUUUGAUCCAUGUUUUUGCUAUUUAUUUUGCAUUUCUGUUUUUGUGGCUUUUUUGUUUUGUUUUUGUGACUGUGUGGAACCCAGUUCAGCUACUGAUUGAUUGAUUGUGUGACUGCAGUACAUUGUUUAUUGCUUUCAUUUUCUGGAUCAAUUGUCUCUUUUUGCAUUACUUUCUGUGGGAAAGUGCGCCUUGGUUUUGGAACGCUUUGGUUUUGGAAUGGACUUCCGGAACGGGUUACGUUUGAGAACCAAGGUACCACUGUACUACUAAUUACUCCAGUUUGCUAUUGAGCUGGGCUUGCAAAGGAAUGCAGGGAUGAAGUUUAAGAGAAGGGAGUCUGCUUUGCAAAUGCAAUCAGGUUUGAAUUUGUUUAACAAUGUGUUGAAAACUGUGUGCCUGCAUGCAACCUGAUCACAUCUACUCUUGUGUUUGUAGGCUUCAGCCACUCCAUAUAUAUUCCUUGUGCCUUUUAAUCGGUUUCUACUCUGUCACUCCUUGGGGGACAUUUUGGGAGCUCUCGAAACUCGAGGUUGAUAACUGUAGAAGAACGUGGUGGGCCAACCUACUGCUGAUCAACAACUUUAUCACUGGGCAAGAGUCAUGUAAUGGAUGGACGUGGUACCUUGCAAAUGAUUUCCAGUUUUAUUUCACAACACCUCUGCUGGUCUAUAUUUCCAUGAGGAGCAAGCAAGGAAUUAUAAUUCUGGGGACUUUGCUGUUCCUGACGACUUUUACAGUGACAGCCCUGCUGUCAUUGAUCUACAGGCUUCCUGUUGCAAAUCCUCGUGAUAUGAGGAAAACGGCCACUGUGAUGUAUUUCGCAGAGUAUUACUCAAAACCUUACUGCCGAUACGGUCCAUUUCUAGUUGGCAUUCUUCUUGGGUUGUACAUGAACCAGCAGCAAACCCCAGUCCUAAGGAGCAAGGUGCAGGCUUCCAUUGGAUGGCUUUCUGCAAUGUUUUCCAUGUUUAUGGUAGUUGCUUUGGCCUAUACGUUACAAGACCCCCUCGACUACUCACCUGCCACAGCCAUUUACCAAGCUACUCACCGGACACUGUGGGCUAUCGCUGUAGGGUGGAUAAUUUUUGCAUGCGAGGAAGGCUAUGGAGGUUUCAUCAAUUGGAUGCUUUCAUGGGGCUUCUGGUCAGUGGUUGCCAAAAUCAGCUACGCCUGCUACUUGGUCCACCCAAUGUUGAUUUUGUUGUAUAAUGGACUUCAAGAAACGUCCAUUCACUACUCGGACAUGAAUAUGUUCUAUCUGUUCCUUGGACACUGCCUGAUGACGUUCAUGGUUGGGCUGGCAUUGACGGUGAUGGUUGAGAUGCCUCUGCAAGCGUUAAGGCGGGCUGUGCAACGACAAGUGGUUCAGCUUUGAAGGAGGAAGCAGGAAAGGUGUGAUGUCUUUAACCCUCCCCACCAUACCCAUUCCCUUCGAAGAAGAGGCCCUUCUGUUGUGCUCCAGAAGAACUGUAUAGUGAUGAAGAUCUGAACUUUUGCACGAUGAAGAUCUGAACCAGGCUCUUCAGGAGUGAUGUGGCUAAGAAAUUUCAGAAUCUGGAAUUAAUGGUCUGGCCAGGCCUCCCCAUUAGAUGGCCAAUUGUGAAGCACACAGCUAACACCCCUCUUCUCUUCAUUGCCGCUGUUCCAUGCUUUGCAACUACUUCUACAUUCCUGCUUUGUUACAGUGAACAAAUGGUUUACCAACCUUAGUUAAAAGAAAAGAAAUACUCUGAGCCCAUGCAGUUCCGCAUUUUAAAUUCACUGAAAUCAGUUGUUCCUAAACAUUUUUGGGCCUCCGCCCCCUUGGCUCCAUAAACUCACCCCCAGUGCCCCCUGCCCUAUAAAAUGCAUUAUAGUGGUACCUCGGGUUAAGUACUUAAUUUGUUCCGGAGGUCCGUUCUUAACCUUAAACUGUUCUUAACCUGAAGCACCACUUUAGCUAAUGGGGCCUCCUGCUGCCGCUG